UAAUAUAUUUAAUACAAACCCCCAAAGUUUUCGGUUUCCAAUUUCCACCGUAACAAUAGUAGUAAUUGAUGAUCGCCGCUUCACUCGGCCACCAACACUCGCCGCAUCGGAGAAAUCCCCGCCGCCGAAUAUUCCGAUGAGUUCGCGAGAGCAGCUCCUCGACUCUCUCACCGCCCACAUCUCUCUCUACCACUCCAAAACCGCUGGCGACAGCCCCAACCCGAGUCCGAGCACCCGGCCAGCCGUACUCCGAUGGUUCUCCUCGCUGUCGGUGCACCAGCGCCGCGCGCACCUGACGAUUCUAGACGCGAACUUCGUCGCGAUCCUCGUCCAGAUGGAGGAGAAGCUCCAGUCCAGCGGCUGCGGCCGAUUCAUCAUCCUCCCCGACCUCCCGCAAAAUGACGGUUCUGCCCUCCCCACGCUGUGUUACCGGAAAUCCGAGGGUUUGCUGUUGCGAUCCUCGGAGUCCAACGGCGCGGAGGGCGCGAUUCGCGGCUCGCUGGAGCUGUUCAGCUCGGCCGAGGGCGAGAGGGGUGGGGAGGGGGGUGGAUUUGGCCGUCUCGAUGCGGCGUGUUUGAAUGAGGGUUUGGUGGAGGAUGUGAGUAGAUUCGUGGAUGUUGCGGAUGAGAUUACGAAUGGGGAGUUUCUACGGGGGGGAGAGGAGGCUGAGAUGGCGGCGGAUUGGUUGGAGCUCGGGUGGCUGAAGGCAAAGGGGUAUUAUAGUUUGGAGGAGUUUGUUGUGAAUAGAAUGGAGGUGUCGUUGAGGUUGGCGUGGUUGAAUAGUAAUAGUGGGAAGAAAAGAGGGGUGAAGUUGAAGGAGAGGUUGAGUGCUGCUGGUGUUGCAGCGAAUGUGUUCUGGAGGAAGAAAGGCUGCGUGGAUUGGUGGGAGAAGUUGGAUGAUUCUGUGAAGAAGAAGGUGUACUCUACGUACUUGGGGAAAGCUGCACGCUCGCUGACAGCUGAUAUAGUGAACGGAAAAGUUAACUUCUCAGAUGAUAAAAUGUGGUUUUAUGAUGGUAGCAAUAAACAAUUGCUGAGAUGUGAUUCUGAUUCAUUGAGUAAACGAGAUAUUGCAACAAGCGGAAGGAAAUCUUCAAAAGUUAGAUCUAAAGCCAAGCCUGCAGAAGAUUCUGGGGAUCUCUCUGCACUGUAUCAGAUUUUCAAUAGUUUGUACAUUCUUCAGGUUAUUUCUACUUUGUUAUCUGCAGCUCAGUUUGGUGGUUACCAGAAAGAGAAACUUUUUUUCAGUUCUCUGGACUGUAUAAAUAGUAUUUCUGACAUCAUAAUUAGGAAAUUGCGGGAGUUACUCAUGGUUAUUUCACUUGAUUGCACAAAAUUUGAGUUACUGGUAGAGGAAAAUACGGACUCCCGAACAAAGAAAGUAAAUGAGAAACAUGUUAUCAACAAUCGUAAGAAGAAAGGGAAGAACCACAGUAAAAAGUUGAAUCCUGUUCCAAGACCUUGUCAAGAUAAUCCAAAACCAAUAAUGCCGGCUAAGGGUAGAGGAGCUGGGAAGUUAUGUAUCAGUCAUGAAGAUGCUAGACAGUCCGACAAGUAUGAUGGUGAAGUUCCAGAAAAGGAUCCAGCACAUGGGAAUCACUUAUCAGUGCAUACAAUGGAACCUGUAAAAGGAGUAAAUAAUGGAAAAGUCCGAAAUGCUUCCAGAAAGAGUAGGAAAGAAAGAAAAAAGCUUAAAAGCUCGGGCUCCAGUGGUCCAGAGGUUGGUAGUUGUCAAUCAAGAUCCAUUAAAGUUUCCUCUGCCCGGGUUAGUCCUCAAGAUGGAACUCUGAUGUCUGACUGGACUUCUGGAAGUUUAACUUUUGAUGUUGUAUCUAAUGAUACUGUGAUUCAGAUUGACAGGCCUGAUGCAAACUCAAGUCUUUCUAGUAGUAUAGGUACUGAUAACGUUGGACAACAUGUGGGCAGUUGUUAUUCUACUAAAACUGAUACUCAUCUCUCCUUGAGGAACAAUAUAAAAGUGGGUGUAGUGGAAAAUGCUGCCACAAGGCCCAUAACUACUAAAACUGACUCCAUGAAUGAUAAUCUGUAUUCGGGUGAGGCUGUGGUUGAGUGUAAUGACAAUAUGUCCUCAAAAGCGAUUGACCAUGGAAAUUAUGCAGUGGGUGAUUCGGGGAGACAAAUGAAAGGUAGUGAACCAGAGAGAAAAUCAUCUCAGGUAAAGGAGCAAGGAAGUCUUGGUCUCCUUAGAGUUGGGGCCAUAAAUUCGCCAGCGUACAUUUCUUAUGAGUGGCCAAGCACAGCUCCAAUUCAUCCUUCGACGAACGCACAUCACCCUGCUGCCACUGAUAGAUUACAUCUUGAUGUUGGUUGCAAUUUACAAAAUCAUUUCCACCAUUCUUUUGUACAAACUUUACAAGUAAGAAAUUCUCCUAUUGACAGUGCGUAUAAUGGAAUUAUGCCUAGACCUUUGCCAAUGAGUUUUGAUUGGCCCCCCACGGUGCGCGGUGUUAAUAGGCUAGUCCCAUCAAGUACUUGCAGUUAUGAUUCUGAGUUCAUUUCAAGAAGACAGUCUUCGUUUCGGCAAAGCAUUGCAGCCCACAGUGCGCAGUCUGGUGCAGCUAUGUCUGAGGAUGAAAGGACCAUUUCUAGUGACCUGAUGGAAUUACCUGAUGUCCCGAAUCCACUGGAACUGACGGAUGAGCAUGAUAAGAACUGGAUGUCCGAGGAAGAGUUAGAGUCUCAUGCAAUUGGAGGGAUGGAUUACAAUCAGUACUUUGGUGGUGGUGUGAUGUAUUGGAACCCGACUGAUCACCCAGGGACCAGUUUCUCUCGCCCUCCUUCUCUCUGUUCAGAUGAUAGCUCCUGGGCUUGGAGAGAAGCAGAUAUGAACAGGGAUGUUGAUGAUAUGGUUGCUUUCUCCUCCUCUUACAGUACAAAUGGGUUGACCUCUCCAUCUGCUGGUUCCUUUUGCUCCCCAUUUGAUCCUUUGGGACCAGGGCCUCUUAAUUACAUUAUGCCUGGAAGUGAAAUUAGCAGCAAGGUUCUUCAUUCUUCCUCAACCAUGACUGAUAUUGGUGCAGAAGAGAGUGUAUCUGGAUCUGUCUCCAAUAUUUCAGGUGAUGGAGAUGUAACGACUGUGGACUCACUCCCAUACCCCAUUUUGAGGCCUAUAAUCAUCCCUAGUAUGUCGAGGGAAAGAUCAAGAUCAGAGUUUAAGCGUGGUUAUGAUCACAAAAGUCCCUGUGUUCCUCCAAACAGACGGGAUCAGCCUCGGAUUAAGAGGCCCCCUUCUCCUGUAGUCCUCUGUGUACCACGUGCUCCUCAUCCACCUCCACCGCCUCCUGUUGGUGACUCUAGAAAACAUAGGGGAUUCCCUACUGUUAGAUCUGGUAGCUCAAGCCCAAGGCACUGGGGUGUUAAAGGUUGGUUCCACGAUGGACUCAAUUUUGAGGAAACUUGCAUGCCCAUGGAAGGGAGUGAAGUAACUUGGCCUUCUUGGAGGAACAAGGGCCUUCCAUCCCGUCAGAUUACGCAGCCUUUAGCAGGAACGUUGCUUCAAGAUCGACUUGUUGCAAUUUCCCAAUUAGCUCGUGAUCAAGAACACCCAGAUGUUACAUUUCCUCUGCAACCUCCUGAAUCGCAGAACAAUUCCCCUCACAAGGCUUCUCUGCCACUGGUCCAUGAUAUUCUGCAUGAUGAAAUCAACUCUUUCUGCAAGCAGGUUGCUGCAGAGAAUCUCAUCCGGAAGCCUUAUAUUAAUUGGGCUGUUAAGCGUGUUGCACGGUCCCUUCAAGUCUUAUGGCCUCGUUCCAGAACAAGCGUUUAUGGCUCAAACGCAACAGGUUUAUCUCUGCCAUCUAGCGAUGUGGAUCUUGUGGUUUCUCUCCCUCCUGUGAGGAACUUGGAACCUAUCAAAGAAGCUGGUAUUUUAGAGGGACGCAAUGGCAUCAAAGAAACAUGCCUUCAGCAUGCUGCCAGGUAUCUUGCAAACCAGGAGUGGGUCAAAAGUGAUUCUCUCAAGAUUGUUGAAAAUACAGCUAUACCUAUCAUCAUGCUUGUGGUGGAAGUUCCUUGUGAUCUUUUCUCUACUCCUUCAAAUGUACAAACCCCAAAGGAAGAAGCAGUUCUGGUAGCUUCUGACAAAGGCAUUCAGAAUGAUGCAGGAAGCACAGAGUCUAUUGCUUCUCUUAAUUGGAGUAAGACAGGAAAUUGUAGUAAUGAUGAAUCCAAAUCUGUUCGUCUUGACAUUAGUUUCAAGUCUUCUACGCACACUGGACUUCAGACAACUGGACUGGUUAAAGAUCUUACAGAGCGGUUUCCUGCUGUAACACCUCUUGCAUUGGUGCUAAAACAGUUCCUCGCUGAUCGUAGCCUGGAUCAGUCUUAUUCAGGUGGAUUAAGCUCAUACUGCCUGAUAUUAUUGAUCACACGGUUGUUGCAGCACGAGCAUCAUCAUGGCCGACCAAUUAAUCAAAAUUAUGGGAGCCUCCUGAUGGAUUUCCUAUAUUUCUUCGGGAAUGUCUUUGACCCUCGACAAAUGCGAAUCUCAGUACAAGGAAGUGGGGUUUAUUUGAACAGAGAACGUGGAUGCAACAUCGACCCACUUUGCAUCGACGAUCCUCUGUUUUUGGCAAAUAAUGUUGGCAGAAAUUGUUUUCGCAUUCAUCAGUGUAUCAAGGCAUUUGCUGAUGCAUAUGCAAUGCUCAAGAAUGAACUAACAUGCAUUGACAACGAUGGCAUCGAUGCCAAGCCUACCUGUAAAUUGCUUCCAAAGUUGAUUCCCAGCAUCGGUCAUUUGGUAGGCACCUAGUAUUUGCAAGAGGGAUUAUACCAGUUUCCAAGGUACUUUUAGAAGCAUCCACAUAUUCUGUACCAUCAGCCAUCAGUCUUUCUGCAUCUUUAGUUACAACCCCACUUCUAGUUAUGCUUACAUAAUCAUCAGAAACUUGACCAAGAAAAGAGAAGCUGAAAACUGAAGUUGAUAAUAGUGAUACAGUUUUUAUUUGAGAAAAUGAUUAUCUGUAUAUGCCACUUCAUGUUGAUCUAAUGAUCCACUGUGCAAUAAAUUUUAAGAUUCAUGCUUAUCAGGCUUGAGAAUGCAGCCUCGCAUUCGAGCAAUGUGCUGAUUAAGGGUGCAAAUGAUUUGUUUGCCCCGUUGGCUCACUCGUCUCUGUCCAGGCUAGCUCGAGGAUGCAACAAAUUUCGUACGUCUCCUAUACCUCUGCUGUUAAGAGUUUCCACAAUUAUUUUGCCUUAUCAGUAUAAUUGAUAUUGCAGCAGCAUCAUCAGAUUGGCUUAGCGAACAGCUCGUGCUGGCUCCAUACCGUGGUCUCACCCUCCUGAAGACAUCGAGAAUGACUAGUGAUCAUGGUAGAGGAAGCAACCGGUUAAGUACGCCAGAUUGAUGUGCAUUUGGAGAUCUAAAAUCGACCCUUCCAUAUAUCUGCCGAAUUUUCGUGUUGCUCCCCUUUUCGCGCGCAACAGGCGGCACUUGCUUGUUCUUUGCUGCUGCUCUGCUCGAAGAAGAAGAAGAAGAAGAAGAAGAAGAAGGGCAUGGUGAAUCACUGCAACUCUUAUGGGAGAUUGGGGUUUGAUACGCCUGGAUGUUACAAGCCUAUCAAAGUGGCUAUCAACAAGGCAUGAAAGUGUUCAUGUUUCAUUUUGUUUUGUAAUAAUUUUAUAUAAACAUCUACGAAUUGCCGUGAUUAGUCAUUUUUAUUUUCAGUAAUUUGUUACAUACAGAAAUGAUAUGUAAAGAUGGGGUAUAUCAUAUCAUAUAAUGAUAAUUUUGAAUCAAUAAUUAAUGUACCUCAAACCUUCUUGCCACAA